AUGACCACUCUGCUUUUAGUGUUUGUAUGUUUGCGAGUGAUCGCAGCGGCUAUUUCUGUCGAAGUUUCUGAUAACGCUAAGGCACUGAGUGUGAAGAUUGCUGUGCAGUCACCAGUGAAGGCUGUUCUUGCGAGCUCUGUGACUAUCCCCUGCUACUUCAUCAACUCCACACCACUCUCACCGGACACUCCCUUAGAAACUCUGCUAGCCCCAAGAAUCAAAUGGACCAAAAUCACUGAAGGGGGGAAAGAGACGGUCAUCGUGGUUGCCACUUCUGGAAAAGUUAAGAUUAGCCAAGAGUACCAAGGACGAGCCAAGCUUCCAAGCUACAAUGAAAUCCCAAGUGACGCUACCUUGGAGUUGGAUAAACUACAGUCAAGUGAUUCAGGAAUGUACCGCUGUGAGGUGACACAUGGUAUUGAGGACAGCCAGGACAUUAUAGAAUUGGUUGUCAAAGGUGUUGUCUUCCACUACCGUGCAAUUUCCAGCAGAUACACCCUCAACUUCUACAAAGCCCAGCAGGCUUGUAUUGACAACACUGCCACUAUCGCAACCCCAGAACAACUGCAGGCAGCUUACGAUGAUGGAUUUGAUCAGUGUGAUGCUGGAUGGUUAGCCGAUCAAACAGUGAGGUAUCCAAUUCACAAACCACGAGUGGGAUGCUAUGGUAAUUUGGAUGAAUACCCAGGUGUCAGAUCCUAUGGUAUUAGAGAUACAAAUGAAACCUAUGAUGUUUAUUGUUUUGCAAAAGAAUUGCAAGGUAAUGUUUUCUACAUAACUACCAUUGGAAGAUAUGCGUUUAAAGAAGCAAUGGAAGCUUGUCUUGACCAAGGUGCCCAGUUAGCCACCACAGGACAAUUAUACAUGGCAUGGAAAGAUGGCAUGGAUCAGUGCAAUACUGGCUGGCUUGCUGAUGCCAGUGUUAGAUAUCCAAUUUCGAAGCGAAGACCCAACUGUGGUGGCAACCUACUAGGUGUAAGAACUGUGUACCGGUACCCCAACCAAACUGGUUACCCUGAUCCUAGCAGUCGACAUGAUGCCUACUGCUUCAUUGUUCCUGGUCCAUGUAAAGACAAUAUCUGUGGUAGUGGAACAUGUGUACUGAGAGAUGGCAGCUUUGUUUGUGAAUGCCCAGCUGGAUUCACAGGAGAACGUUGUGAAAUAGACAUUGACGAGUGCCACUCGAGCCCUUGUCUGAAUGGAGCUACCUGUAUCGAUGGCAUCGACUCUUUCAAAUGCUUGUGCCUACCCAGCUAUGGAGGGGACCUCUGUGAAGUUGAUGUGGAAAAGUGCGAAGAUGGUUGGGCUAAGUUUCAGGGUCACUGCUACAAGCACUUUGUUGACCGACAGACAUGGGAAGCUGCAGAGCACCAAUGCAGGGAACACAAAGCUCACUUGGCCAGCAUUGUCACUCCAGAGGAACAAGAGUUUGUUAACAAUCAUGCCCAGGAUUAUCAAUGGAUUGGACUGAACGACAAGACAAUAGAGGGUGAUUUCCAUUGGUCUGAUGAAAGCCCAUUGUUGUACGAGAAUUGGCGACCCAAUCAACCCGACAGUUUCUUCAAUACUGGCGAAGAUUGCGUUGUCAUGAUAUGGCAUGAAAACGGUCAAUGGAAUGAUGUCCCAUGUAAUUACCAUCUGCCUUUCACCUGCAAGAAGGGGACAGUUGCUUGUGGUCAACCCCCGGUAGUAGAACAUGCCAAAGCUUUUGGGAAAAAGAGGGAACGUUUUGAAAUUAAUUCCUUGGUGCGUUAUCAGUGUAAAGAUGGCUACUUACAGCGCCAUUUUCCCAACAUCAAAUGUAAGCCAGAUGGGCAGUGGGAGCAGCCAAGGAUAAUGUGCAUAGACACUGCCACUUAUAACCAAAGGCCUCAGAAGAGGGUUGAUACAAGUAGGCCGCAUCCUCAAUCUGAAUCGAAUGCUUCAUACAGCUCUGACCCUUAAGAGAAAAUAAAAGGAUAUAAUUCUAUUCCAGAACAUUUAUAAUAAGAUAAUUUUAUCAGCUAAGAGAGUUGUUUUCCCAGCCAAUAUAUAAAACACCAAAGCAGCCCUAGAUCCAAUGUCUUUUUUUUUUCUCGAUUUCAAAUCAAGCAUUAUCACUUAGGUUGAACUCUUUGGGAGGAGAUCCCGAGGAUUUUAUUUUCAGACAACUAUACUGCAUAAGAAAAAUUAGAUCAACUUAACAGCUAGACAGUAGCAGGAAAGAUGCAGCAACAUAGUUUAAAACAAUGUUGCAAUCUCUAACACCAACAAAAUCAUUCACAAAUGCAACACACUCACAGAUUAUUUUUAAGUUUUAAAAAAAAUGGUUUCUUUUCUGUGAACUCAAAAGCAAUAGAACAACAGUCCUGAUGCUAUUCAACUGGGACCAUGCAGUGCAUGGUGUAUCGGGUGUCUUUUAUAUGUUGAGGUGCAUAGUAGAAAUUGGAGUGCUAACCCAUUAUCAAAUGCAGCCGCCACAUCCGCCAAAUAGGGAGAGCAUGUUGCACAAUAAUCCUGAGUUGCAUAACUGUUGAUCUCGAAAACGAGCAAAGAAAAAAAUAGUGGAUUUGAUUAUUUCGAAAAAGAAAUGUGUGGGGGGGCAAUUGCUUUGACAAAUACCUCCUUGAACAUGUAAAAUAAAAUAUGAUCCGUUAUGUUUUAUCCUGAGUAAAAGAAAAACAGUAACAGCUUUAAGAAUAUUUCAGACAAUUGUGAGUGUGUGUGUGUAUGUGUGUGUGCGUGUGUGUGUGUGAGCGAGUGUGCUCGUUUUAAUUAAACUGUGAAUGUUUGAGAGAUAAACUGUGUGGACAGGUAACAGAAAGGAAGCUUUGCUUUUGUUAAAUUUUAGUUAAACAUAAAUCAAGGACUGGAAUGUGUAAACAUAUUUUAAAACUUGUGGAAACCAAUUAUAAAAUUAACAUUCCUUUCCUGCAUCAUAGCGUAUAAUUUACUUCUGAAUCUUAAACUCGCAGAAAAUUUCUUUCCUUUUAAAGGGAAAUAGCCUCCAAUAGCAGCUGUGGAACUGUGGGUUUCCCCUGUCCUUUUUGUUUUGGAAAGAAAGCUAUAACCUUUCCGUAAAGCUACAGAACAUUCAUUGUGUUCGUUGUUUGGUUAGAUGCUGCCUUUCUGUUUCUUGCAUCUGUUUUUUUUAAAUCCCAACCCAGGCUAAUGGGAUGAAUGUCUCGAUUCCCUGCCAGUCUCAGAUGCCUUGAACAAAAUGAGUUUGGGAAGUGCCAGUCCAGUUCCCUGUCACCAUGAGCCCCAUAAUACCAAAAUUAGCCCUAAUUUUGCAAUCUGAGAGAGGUCAUGAGAUAGCUGAUGUGAGAAACAGACUAAUGCAGUCAGGGGCACAGCUCUGAACCGAGGUGACAAUUUUGGGGCAAUGUAGAAGUAAAGGCUGUGCUACACCUGAUGUGGGAGUGCUUGACACAGGCACAGAAUGCCUAAAAUAGGAAAGACAAGAUUCUGAAUCACAGCACUGAUGUCACCUUUCUUAAUAAACACCCAAAAAUACAAAAUAAAUGGACCAUAAUAUGUAUGUAAGGCUCACCGUGAAGAUAUAGCUUCCUUCUCAGAAUGUUAGUUUUGAAUGUAACCUCAGUACCACUCUGAAUAUCAGCUUGGCCCUAACUGAUUGCUUAUAAGAUUUCAUUGAUGCUACAACUGCAGGAUCAGUGCAAAGUGGUUUAGCUUCAAACCAGUGCUAAAUGCAGAGUCAGCGUGUGAUUCCCCAACCCAGAGAAGUUCACUCCAGUUUGUUGCAGAGUGACGUUGGGCUCUCACUCCAGAUUCAUACUACAAUUUCUUGGUGUUGGUGUGGAUUCCAAGCCCUUUGUGCUGACACCCAAAUUGUACAGUAAGUGCAGCCUUAGAAGUCAUUGGUGAAAUUUAAUCCCCAUUCAAAUUAUAGUCAGACCACGGCUGACUUCUUAUCUGGAAACCCUGUGAUGCUGUGAUCGGUUGCUGGAUCAACUUGGCAUACAGCAGAAAAUUCUCUCUUCACCAGUACAGACAAGCCCAGAUUAAAAUUAGAAAAUAAGGAACAAGUAAGGGACCAUAGGCUAGUCAGUGCUCGUUCCUGAUUGAGUUAACACCUUAAGGAGCAGAGAACAAGAAAUAAGGUGAAGAAGAUUUAAAAAUAAUAUAAUGAAUUACCACAAUCAUAGGGUGAUGGCUAUUUUUUGCCCUGCAGUUUUGCUUGCUAGGCUAUUUUGCAAAGUAAAGCAUCUACAUAAACCCUUCAUUCUGUAAAAAUUUACAUUCUCCAACUGUGUUCCCAUCCCUGAUUUUGUCUACAAUUUUUUAAUAGACUUUAUUUUCCCCAAGUCUGAGCGUAACACUCCUCUUCAAUCUCAGUUCAGCCCCAUCUUGUGACGUCUCUGACAUCACCUCAAACACUGGACAAAAACCCAGAUGGACACUAUAGAGAUGUAGUUAGAGUCUUCUGCUGACUACGGAGGCUGACAUCACCUUACCCAAGCCUCACCAGCAAUGCUGAUCUGCAAUAUAUGUGACCCAUUGUUUAAGCUGUCACCAGGUGCAGUAAGGUGUACUCAUGGAUAGUGCUCCAAGCACAGAGAAAUUUCCUUUUGGCAGUUAUUUCAUCCUUAUAAGAACAACCCACUUAAAGGAGCAUUCCAUGUCAAUCGUUGUUCUCUGAACUUGAAUGUUUUUACAUAGGAAUAAUUCAAGUUACCAACUACGCAGCCCGUGCUCAACCACCAGUAGUCUGGGUUAGGCAGAUGUAUCAAGUUUGUUUACAUAUAAUAAAAACCUAAUGUAAUAUUGUGCUAUGGAUUCCAUCAGUCCAUUUAGCACCUGCAACUUUGUGGUAGGGAGGGAGCUGUAUUCAAACAAUCUUAUGAAUAUUAAUUAAAGAUUUAUUACACCAAUUAGAAAUUCAUAAAAGUUGCUUUCAAGAUGAAUUAGACCUUUCCUUUGACAAAUGCUGUGAGAAAAAUGGGUAAGUGCAGAUUAUUAUAAUUCGUUUUUGUAAACUCUGAGCAAGCCAGGAUUGAGCGCUUUUAAAUCUUUGUAGUUGGAGCAUUGUAUUUGCUGGUAAGAGGAACUGGUUGUACACCCUGCAUGUGAGGAUUUGUACCAAAUUAUGUAUGUGUUUUGCCAUUUUGUAAUGUUUGUUUUUUUUAAAAAAACAUAAGCCCAGAAAUGUAGGUGUUAAUUUAAGCACGGCUAUGUAUUAAUUAUGAGGAAACCAAUCUAUUUCUGCAUACAUUGAAUUGUAUACAAUAAACUGUAUCCCAUGUUACUCCUGCUCUCAACUAACCCGGUGACUUUACAAAAUUCUUAGAGCUUGGCUGGAGAGAGAAAGAGAGAAUGUGUGCAUUGUGUGCGUGUGUGUUAUGUGAGUGUCUCAAAACAAUGGUUUCAAUAGCUAUUCAUUUUGUCC